AUGGAUUCAACCUACGUCCCGACCUUCUUCGUCUUCAUGGUGUACGCUAUCGGAUCUCAGUCAUCAGCCGUGGAUGACCACGCGUCAGCAGAAGGCUACUAUACUAUAGCAAUGCAAUACCUGGAGCCGAUUCUGGAAAUUGACGGGCUCGAAUCAAUCCAGGCGCUGCUGGCGAUCGGAGUUUUCUCUGCCCGAUCACCAUACGGCGUAAGCCUUUGGAAGAUCUCUGGUAUGGCGAUGCGGCUAUGUGUUCAGCUGGGCUAUCAUAGAUCCACCGAGAAGUAUCGUCGCUCUGGAGAUUCGUUGACCAAAGAGAUGUCGAAGAGGUGUUUCUGGGUAGCAUAUGACUUCGAUCGCUAUACAGGCUCUAUUCUCGGGCUGCCCGGAGCGAUAUCUGACCAGUCAAUUGAUGUUGAGCUCCCUCUAGACGUAGACGACGAACAGAUCACACCAGCCGGUAUUCUUCCAGCCGUACCGCAGCGCUCGCCAACGACGAUGACAGGUACCAUUCAUCUAAUCAAGCUGCGACAGAUCUGGUCGAAGUUUAGCACGCACCUGUUCCCAACGUCCUCACUCUGCAGCCACGGUGACCACGUUGACAGUAGCCCAACCAUAGAAGAGCUGCGGGAGCAACUGGAGCAAUGGCGAGCAUCAGCGCCAACCAUCUUCGAUCAACCAUCGGAUACACCUCUGUCCGUAUUUGCCUCUCGCGGCUGGUUCCACGUGGCAUACAACCAUUCGAUACUGCUCUUGUACAGGCAUUACCUCAUGGACACGAAGCCAUACAAGUGCAGCAGGCCUUUACCUCGUACACCCGAGAUCGUCGACCGAGCGUAUCAAGAAUCUCACUCUAAAGCAAGAGACUUAUGCCUGAUCUAUCGGCGACUCUAUCAGAACCCUUGCAUCAAAUUUACAUGGAGCAGCCUGCACAUGACCUUUUACAGCGGGCUGACCUAUCUCUAUUGCCUUUGGCGAUCGAAGUCGAUCCGAGACGCAGCAAAACAGCGGGAUGUGUUCAAUACACUGAAUGCUUGUCAGACUGUACUGGUCGUCCUUGCUGAGCGAUGGAAGCUCGCCGCCUCUUAUCGGGACUUGUUCGAGACGUUGUCAGAGCGGACCAUCAGCAUGAUGUCUGGUGAUCUGGAUCAGGAAGCGACGCCAGGAACUGCCACAGGAACUGCCACAGCUACUCAUGACGACGCAGCAGGUCCAGAGCCAGUUCUCGCAGCUCAGGACUGGUCCAAUGGCUUCGACGGAAUGGAUCUGCCUCCAGAGUCUGAGUGGAUGAUCUCGGAGAUGGUCCAAGGGGUUCAGGACGCUGAUGCAAACAUCUUCGAGGACUUCACGAACGUUGAAAUCAACUACGACUUCCUGUCCGAGGACCUGCAAAUUCCUUCCACGCGGAACAACGGGGGUGUGAUGUGA